GCGAUCAUACGAACGCGGCUGUGCGCGGCCUCGAAGGAACAGCCAAACAGCAUCGGCACUCGGCUGUCGGACAGCAGCAGGCGCAUGCAGCGUAGUCUUGUUAACCAGCUAUGUGCAAGUCGCAGCACAUAUACAAGCAUAAUAUACAUAGUUUGCAAGCAUCUCCAAAGCACUGCUUGCUAUAUUAGAAGCUGCAGCGGCUGACUAUUCCCUUCCCGCGCAAAGUCUUCGUAGUAACGCGCUGGGUUUUACCUAGCGCAGUAGUAACACGAUGAAUCAAUUAAUAUUGUGUGUUCUUUUAGCACUCGGUACAACCAAUCAUAUUGCUCUCGCGGGGCGCACUCGCUCGCCACCGCCCUCACCUCCGCCGCGUCCACCGCCACGGGCACCGACUCCCAAAAGCAACAAACCCAACAUCAUCAUGAUAUUGGUCGAUGAUAUGGACUACAUGCUGAACGCAUCGCACCCAUACUACCUGCCGAUGUUGCACAAGCACAUGCGCCUGCAGGGCACGGAGUUCCCGCACUUCAUCACCUCUGUGGGUAACUGCUGCCCCAGUCGGACAUCCCUGCUGACGGGGCGCCACUGCCACAACACCAACCUAACCGCCAACGACCCGCCACACGGCAGCUAUAUCGGCUUUAAGACCAAGAAGCUGGACAAGAGCUAUCUGCCGCUGUGGCUGCAGGAUGCGGGCUACCGUACCUAUCAGCUGGGCAAGGUGCUCAACGGCUUCAAGGGCUCAGUCACCACCCAGUACGGCUGCCUGCCCGGCUGGGACCACUCCAUGCCGCCCAUUGAGCCGCAGUCGGACGCGGCGGCGGCGCGCGCGGACGCGCUGCUGCAGCAGAAGCCGCCCGUGUACCUGUCCUUCUACUACACCGACUGCCAGUACGUGGAGGAGGUGGAGGGAGAGCCCGACAUCAACCUCUUCAACCGUGCGUUCAACUGGAUGGAGGAGUCGGUGGACGCGGGAGUGCCCUUCUUUUUGUACCUAGCCUCCGCCAACCCCCACGAUGGCCCCGUCGACGGCAUGCCGCGAGUGGAGGCAAAGUUCGCAAACGCCAUGCCAGGGUUGAAGGUGCCGCGGGGGCCCAACUACGGCGUUCCCACGGACCCGCGGUUCGGCAUGAGCAAGACCAAGCCGCUGUGGUGGGACCCCGCCUGGACUGACAAGCAUUACCGCAUGCGUGCCCUGUCCAUGCUGACCAUUGACGAGCAGAUCGACCGGCUAGUGACCAAGCUGGAGUGUUUGGGCAUCCUGAACAACACCUAUAUCUUCUUCAGUUCUGACAACGGAUUCAAAUUGGGCCAGCACAACAUCCCAUCCGAGAAGUUCACGUACUUUGAGGAGGACGUCGCGCUGCCCUUCUUCGUCCGCGGGCCCGGCGUGCCGCGCGGCGCCUAUGCCAACACGGUCCAGACGGCCAUGGUCGACAUCACCGCCACAAUCCUCAACCUCGCCGGCGGCUCGAUCCCUCCCGGUGCCCCCCCGGUCGACGGCGGCGCAAUCCCGCUCGACCUGCUGCAGACCCUGCACCCGCAGCCAAACAGCCCCUUUUACAAUUAUACCGGACCCUACUGGAAUGCAGCCGCCGGCACUGUGGACAUGUUCGCGCCGCCCCAGACAAGCGCGGCCGUGUGCGCCCGCGCGUCGCGGCCGCCGCCCGCGCCGCCCACGCCGCCGCCGGCCCCGCCCUGCAAAAGCAAGAAGUGCAAGAAGGCCAUCAACUCGUUCGACGAAACGGACGACGCCGUGAACGCCCGCUUCGCCCAGCUGGAGUCCAGCGCCUUUGUAGCCGGCGCCGUCAACGGCUGGAGCAGCGCGGCGCUGGGCCGCCGCAGCCUGGCGUCAGGCACGGCCUCAGGCACGGGCUUGGCAGCGGCGGAGGCCGUCGAGGGCGCGGCGGCGGGUACUACGGGCAACACCUCAGAGGCGGAGGAGGUGGAGGGGGAGGACGAGCAGGAGGAGGACGAGGACGACGAGGAAGUGGUGGAGGACGAGCAGCAGGUGGUGGAGGCCGAGGUGGAGAGCGUGGCGCGCCGCGCGGCGCAGGCAACCACAACCGGGGGGCGUGUGUCCACCUGGUCCAACAUGGGCCUGAUUGAGCAGUGGAAGUAUGGCAAGCUGUGGCGCGGCAAGGACUACCGCGUCAUUCGCGCCUGCAUGCCACCGAACGCCACCAUCGCAGCCAGCGCCGCUGGUGCCCGCCGGACCGGAAACGUGUGCUACAAGUAUGUGGUUUUCUGUGACAUUGAUAACGCGCCCGGCAAGCUGCGGCUGACUCAGCUAUUCAACCUGAGCUCUGAUGAGGCCGAGAUCCACGACUUGCUGCUCAAGACCCCAGUGCCCACCGGCACACAGCGGCUUGUUGACCGGCUGGACGCGGCGUUGACCGUGCUGAGCUACUGCUCUGGAUCCAGCUGCACGCAGCCCUUCUCCCGGAUCCACACGGAUGGAUCCGUGGUCAACCUGGCAGAGGCCAUGGAUCCGCAAUACGACAGCCUUUACGCCGGAUUCAAAAAGCUUGACUACAAGCAGUGCGCUGAUUACUACGACCCCUCGCAUGAGAUUCCGGAUCUGAGGUUGGUGCCCCUAGAGCUGCUGAAGGCGUUCCAAGGGCAGGCAUAAGCCACAGACCGAUCUGAGUUUGUGAGGUGCUUGCUUGCGAGUUGGCUAGCUGUACUGAUGACAGAUUCUUGCUUGCAUCGAUUGUUGCUUGCGGGUGGACCGGGACGGAUAGUAAUUGAAGCCUAGCUUAAGCGCAGCAUGCAAUUGAUGAUUUGAAGUUUUGCGGUCUGUGUCGUUAACACGUUUUCAGUGCACAACUGAAGGUGGCAUUGGGGGCUAUCAGCAGCUGUGUGGAGUGUAACCCCCGCGCCUGCUGGUGCUCCCAACCUGUUGCGUUGCCGAGACCUAUUCCUGCUGGCAAUGGCAGCUGGCUGCAUUGCAAGUAAAAGAUGAGAGUGACCGCGCAGUCUGACACAGGCAGCGUAGUGUCCUGUGAGCAGAUGCAGGCAUUGGGCGCUCAAACUCCCUGUCCCUCUCGCUGCAAGAAACCCAAUAAUCCCGGAUUCGGGAACAUGAUACACAUGGCUUUGGCACUUCCUCACAGCCCGUGGCCUAGCCUAGCCUAGAUAGUAUGCAAAGCCAAUUGCUGCUGCUCUUGUGAGGGGCACAGUAUGAAGGUCUGUGAGACUGCAAGUUAUUUGUAACGCCAUAUCAAC